AGGUUACUACACGUCUUUUCUUACGACGUGUAAUGUCUUUUUGAUUAAUGCACUUUCGGUCCCCUUUUUUCGUUACCCCUCCCCUUUUUUCUUUUUUUUUCUAGUCUGCGAAACAGUAAAACGAAGUGCGUAUCCCUUACGCGCACCAUCAGAAGUGCGGAACUGGCCGGCCAUUGUGGUGUCUCACCAUCAGAAGUGCGAACUACGAGGGUCGGGGCGUACAGCCUAAAGUUCUAAAAAGUCCCAUCGCGCGAUAGAUAGAUAGAUAGACGUUGCUAAACCUGCUCGACGCUGUGCUAGUCGCAUCUUCGGCAGAACAGAUUAUUUGCUUCUAUCCAAGUUUAUUUGGUCAUCACAUAUAAGUAUCCUCAGGGAAUCUACAUCAGAAUCAGACAAAAAGCGUUCGCGUGAUUUUACUAAAAUUUGUUGCAAUCAUUCACUUUUCGUGAUUGGUGCAGGUAAGUAUUUUGCUUGACGAGACAGAACGCGCCAGCAGCGUCCUCUCUAGAAGCAUCAAAGCGCACGCAAUGAUGUCCGUCCGCCCGUUGCUCUUCAGCAUUUUCUGCUUCGCAGGCCCGUGCCUUGCCGCGAAACCGGAUGCUGGCCACGUACCCGGUGUCUUUUCUCGAGACUGUGACCCUAAUAUAGCGGCCCAUUUUUGUGCGUAUCUGGAGGUUCCGGCUCCACUGCACGCCAUUUUUGACGUCCUGGCGACCGGACGAAAGGCACCGGACUCGCGCGGGCGAUCCGGUACAGAUGCACAUUACCGAGAGAUCGAUGCAGAGGUUAAGAAUCUGAAGGAACGCUCCUGGGAACGGUUUUACCAACUGCUGCGUCGCCCCGAGCUGCAGGCGCCCGCCCUUCGCGGUGCUAGUGAGCUCUUUCGCGAGGUGCUAGGAAGUUCUGAGGUCGCGCGCACCCUCCCGAAGAUGGGUUUCGCCAACCAGCUGUUAUCCUACGUCCAGCCCGAAGAAGCGGGAACCAACCCGGACAUCGCGCCCCUUGGAUCCAUCCCCACUUGGUUCACUAAGAAAGUUCAAAGAGCCCUAGAUGACGCUUUUCUGUAUUUUCUGCAUCUCUUGGACGACGCACUGCUGCGCGCGCCAGUGCCACGCUGGACAACCCGGUAUACAAACGACUUCAACAUAUGCAUUGCAAAUAUGCAGCCUGGGUCUGGAAACGUGUGAUGCAAAUCUGGGAAUGGUGGGCGCACCGCAAUACGUAGCCAGACACGACAAGUUUUUGAGCUGCUCCUGCUAUGUAAUUCGUUUUCCGAAUGGCAAGCCGCGUUUUCGCAUGACAGGCAACAGUCCCUUAUUUUCCUACCCAUGCAUCACAGAUUUAAGAGCCAUGUCAUGCCAUACCAUGCCAGACAACCAUGCCAAACUUGCAUUCUUCCAGACCCAGACAUAUUUGCAUUUGAUACUACAGUGACCCGCGCAGCGUUACACCGAUUCUUUAUCUCGACCUUCCAGGCCAAUAUGGUGGGUAUUGGAAUCAUGACUUCGCUAAGUUUCGCAUAUUCACAAGGGGGGUGCAGCUUUCGAGCGACGACUUGGAGAAGCUAGCAGGGAUUAGUGAUUCUGGCUGGAGCAGAUUAGUGGUUCUGCCCGAUGCGCCGAACCUCGCUGUGUGUGGAAGGAUCAGUAGUUGGGAUCACGACAACCUGUACUCUCUCGCGUUGGAAUAGGGGAGUGUCAGGAUUGAAAUCGUCAAAGUUGAAAUGAUUUGCCAUGCGUAAAAUGCGAUACAAAAUAAAGUGACUCUAUUGCAGAGGACGCACGGGAGGCAGAUUAUAGUCCUGGUAAGGGUCGUCAAAAGUUGGACUGCUGACUAGCAUGACAGAAGGCAGCUCUUUUGCCCUAAACCAAAACCGCAUGACAGACUCGCUCCCAGGACGGGGAAAAUUUGUCAUGCGCCGACUACAAACUGUAGGGCUAACUGGGAUCGAUUUUAUGCAUCACAAAUUAUUUCAACUCUGACGAUUUCGAUCCUGACACUUCCACAGGGAAGUACAGCAACUGACAUGGCAGGCGACCACCUGGGUUUGUUGACCUGUCUCGAUUAUCCAGUGCAAAUAUGUCUGGGUCUGGAAGAAUGCGAGAUUUGUCUUGCCUGGCUAGCAAGACUCUCAAGUCUGUCAUGCACGUUACCCAAAAGCCCCAUUUUCCUGUGAUGCAGAAACGCAGUUUGUCAUGCGGAAUAGGCAACACCGUAGAAGCUCAGAAACUUGUCAUGCUGAGCCAUCAACACUUCUGGUUCUGGCCUCCUCAUGCUACGCAACUCAGCAUCACAAGUUUCCAGACAUCCAGGGAUAUUUGCAAUGCAUAUCGAUGUGGUCCCGGUGGUCCAUCCUACUUUGGAAUGCUGUUUUAUGUCGUUCGGACAAGAAGUGAACCAACCGAAUCUGUUCGCAGUAGAGAUUGAUGGCAUUGGCAGCGCGUUGCAGAUGCGACAAAAAAUGAAUGUGCAGCUCGAUGAUCUUUAUUGUUUACUUAUAUGCAAAUCAGCGUUGUAGUGAAAGUAAAAAUUUGUCAAGUGUUUGGCGCAUUUUUAUUUGGACCCACUUAGUUAGCGUGCCUGGAAUACUUAUCAUGUCCACCAAAGAAAGACGGCGACGCAGACGUCGGUGUCGGGGGGUCGCUAGUUGGGAAAGCCUGUCAUGUGCGAAGAUUAUUUGUAGUUCUGUCUGUGCAAACGAGAUGUAAAAAGAAGCACUACACGACAAACAUCGCGCGGCAAAGGAGUAGAAGAAAUUUAGUUGUCACGAUGAAAACGUUUUAAAGUUCUUGGGAAGUGGCUUUACAAACUGCGUUCUCUAUGGUUUUGGCAUAUGUAAGUAGAGUAUUACGUGUAGGAUUACAUUUGUUUGGCUCAAGUUUCACAGGGGUCGAAGUCGAAUAAUUUGAACAUACUUGCUACAUGCAUUUUUACAAGCUGACGCAAAUUUUGUGUAUGUUCGAACUUUCCCCGUGUUUUGUUUAAUUAUACUUUAAUUAGUAGUUUAUUUCAAAAUGCUUUUAUUGUUGUAACUCUCUCAGCAUCGGUCCGUGCGUAGCAUUGCAAGCUCGCAAGCAUCUGUGCAUCUGAGCGCCAUUUUUUACAUUUGCCGAGCUCUCGAAGUAGAUGGAAGGCUUUGCAUUACAAACGAAAAUGUAAAAAACGUCCAUCCAACCCGUUCUCUGAUGAAACACUUUCGCGUGAAGUAUGACAUUACUACUGUCAGCGCCACACGCUAAAGCUUGCACUCGACCCAUGAAAACCGCCUCUACGACGUGUAAGAUUUGCUUUUUUAGACAUUAAUCAUAGUAUGGCGAAGAUCAGCAUGCUCGUAAAAAAAGACGCACGACCAUCGUCAAAAGGAAGUAAGGGUGCGAAGUGCAGUGAGAAACUGGAAAACUCCCAUAGUACGUCACGGAUUUUUUGGAAGAAAAAACUAGUUGUAUAA